AAUACACUGCUGAGGGGAGCAGCGGGCCAGACAGGCAAGAUCUGCUCGCCAUGUGGGUUGCUCCGAGGCCGGUGGGAAUCGAACCGUUACUGCAGAGGCUGCGAACAGCUUCACAGCGCUGCGCUCAAUCGCCUGCACCACCAGGAGGCCGUAAUGCAAGAUGUUAAUAAAAGAAAACAAGGGUGGGGGGAAAUGGUAAAGGAAUUCCUGGGAACUUUACUUACCACUCAGUUUUCCUAUAAAACUAAAGGUGCUCAAAAAAAAAAAAAUCUACUAAUUAAAAGAAUGUGUGUGUGUAUAAUCUCUGUGUGUGUAUUUACAUACACAUGCAUACUGUUGAGAGGCUGAAAACUCAGACCUGGGAGGGUGAUGUGCAAGUCACGUUUCUGAUAGUGAGUUGUUCUGAGAGUGUAUAAAUAAGUAUGUAAGUUAUAUAUUUAACUAAUUAGACUUUUUUUAAAAUAUUUGCAUUAAUUAACACUUUAGUAGGCGGGUGUAUAUAAACAAAAGUACUGGUGGGCUCUGCAUAAUCUUUGGAGUGAUGUCCAAACUUGCCUAGCACAUGCAGGGCUCUUUGAGAUUUAGGCCUAGCCUUGUCAGGUGCGUUCAGUUUAUCAAACCUCGUGUACUUCGUUGCACACCACGCUUUGCUUAUUGUGUACAUGCAGCCAAUUCCUUUUUGUCUUUCAAUAAUCACAUCAUUGUUUAAGGAUGAAGAGAGGUGCUCCAUAUAAACUUCCUGAAACAAUGCUUGGUACUUGUAAAUUCUUGAUAAAUGUCAUGUGUUUUUUCUUUUAUCAUAAAUAUUUCCAGACUGGUCCCUGGCAUCUCGCACUCUGAUAUUUCCCUGACUCAACUCAGGCCAGGUAAACACUGUUCCCACUACAUGUAGGGCAGUACUCACGGCACUGCCGCGUGAUUGUCCUGGCACAGUGUAGCCACCACAGGCCACGCAAGCCUUCAGUUAUCUACUCUGCUAGGAGUUUCAGCCCCUUGUCUUUAGCCUCCCUCAACUCUGUGCUCUUCAACUUUCAGUCCCGCAUUUUAUUUUCCAUUGCCACGAGCCUUAAAAACGUGCGUAUAAAGAGCAAGCGCAAUCCUGAGGAAAAGAGGCGUCCUCUUGCCUGACUGUAGUAAGCAGCAGCAGUGGGCCUCCCUGGUGGCGCCGGGGUUGAAGACUGCUGUGGAGCUAUCGCCGUGGUGGCACCAGUUGGCAGCAGAUCUGUGGAGACUCGAGAUGUUUGCCCCAAGGCUGGCAAGAUCGUGAAAGACAGGGUGCGGGGAACUCUGCAAGUCACAGUUCUGACAGACUUGUAGCUGGCCUGUCAGUUCCAGAAACUCCGCGAGGACACGGCAACCCACAAACAGCGCCGAGGAUCCCAAGGACAUUUUGCCACCAAAGAUAUUCAGGCCUCACCAUGUCUGGGCCGCCGACCCCAGAGCCAGCCCUCGACAGGCAGGAGGACCCUGCCAGCGGGAUCCAGCACUCGCACCGCAUGCUCAGCUUCAGUGACGCCCUGCUGUCCAUCAUCGCCACCGUGAUGAUCCUGCCUGUGACGCACACGGAGCUCUCCCCGGAGCAGUUUGACAAAAGCAUACAGAAGCUUCUGGCAACCAGGAUCGCCGUUUACCUGAUGACGUUUCUCAUCGUGACGGUGGCCUGGGCCGCACACACGAGGCUGUUCCAGGUGGUGGGACGGAUCGAUGACACCCUGGCCCUGCUCAACCUGGCCUGCAUGAUGACCAUCACUUUCCUGCCGUUCACGUUCUCCUUGAUGGUGACCUUCCCCGAGGCACCCCUGGGCAUCUUCUUGUUCUGCGUGUGUGUGAUCGCCAUCGGGGCGGUGCAGGCGCUGAUCGUGCUCUAUGCCUUCCGCUUCCCCCACCUCCUGAGCCCAGCGCUGGCCUGCUCCGCUCACCGGGCCCUGUGCCGGCGCCACGUCCUGGGUGUGGUGCUGCGGGGCCCCGCCCUAUGCUUCGCUGCUGCCGGCUGCUCCCUGUUCUUCUACCCUGCGUCCUACCUGCUGAUGGCGAUGGUCGUCUUCCUCCCCUACGUCAGCAAGGCCGCCGGCUGGUGCAGGAGCAGGCUUGUGGGCCCCCCGGAGCCCCCCACCGAGGUCGUGGACUUCUUCACCUUCGACCUGCAGGAGCCGCUCAGCAAGGAGCGAGUGGAAGCCUUCAGCGAUGGGGUGUACGCCAUCGUGGCCACGCUGCUCAUCCUGGACAUCUGCGAGGACAACGUGCCGGACCCCAAGGAUGUGCAGGAGGAGUUCCAGGGCAGCCUGGUGGCAGCGCUGCGGGCAUCGGGGCCGCGUUUCCUGGCCUACUUUGGCUCCUUCGCCACGGUGGGCCUGCUGUGGUUCGCCCACCACUCGCUCUUCCUGCACGUGCGCAAGGCCACACAGGCCAUGGGGCUGCUGAACACGCUCUCGCUGGCCUUCGUGGGCGGCUUGCCACUGGCCUACCAGCAGACCUCGGCCUUCGCGCGGCAGCCAAGGGAUGAGCUGGAGCGGGUGCGCGUCAGCUGCGCCAUCAUCUUCUUCGCCAGCAUCUUCCAGUUCGCCAUCUGGACCACGGCCCUGCUGCGCCAGCGAGAGACGCUGCGGCCAGCUGUGUGGUUUGGGGGCCAGGAGCAUGCUUUCAUGUUUGCCAAGCUCGCGCUCUACCCCUGCGCCAGCCUGCUGGCCUUCGCCGCCACCUGCUUCCUGAGCCGGGUCAGCACGGCCAUCUUCCACCUCACGCAGAUCGCCGUGCCGUUCGCCUUCCUGCUGCUGCGGCUCCUGGUCCGCGCGGGCCUGGCCGCCCUGAGCGCCCUGCGCGCCCUGCGCCGGCCCGACCAUGGCAGUGCGGAUGAGGCGCGGGCUCCGCUGCUCCCUGCCCACUGCUAGGCCGCCACACACCACCCCCCCCCGAGCAGGGAGGACCUUGGCCAUGCUGGCCUCCAUGGGGCGACCCCCACUGACCCCCUCCCCCAGGACCCUGGCGCAGAGAGCAGAGGUGCAGCUCGGCGACACUGGUGUAUUCCCGCAGACUGGCUCGCGCCCGGGCAGUGGCAGGUUACAGACUCGCGGGGGGAGGGGGGGGAUGGACGCCCCAGUCCACGCAAAUAAACACAGGGCCGUGAAACCAAGGGUGUCACUG